AGCUAACGUUAGCUAGCUAUAAAAGGACGAACUGCGGCGGCAGCUCGGCCCUCUGCCGUUCCGGUCACUCUCCGUCCGUCGAAUAGCCUCAGAAAAAUAUUACUUUUUUAUCUCGAAGUCUUUAUUUAAGCGUUCUCCCGUUUUGACCAACAAUCCCGUAAGUUCCGGUCUAAAGGACACCUCUGGAUAUUUUUGCCCUCGGUAAAUCGCUCCUGAACGAUUGGCGCAUGCGGAUAGUGAACUAAGAUAAGCUGACCGACGAGUAGCGUUAGAAAAAGACCGGGGUUUAAUCUCCGGAUUAAUUUAGUAGUUUGUUUUCUUCUGAGCACCGGGCCCGUAUGUUCCGGACUAAAGGAUAAUUCGGCUCCCGGUAACGACCUCCUGAAUGAUGGGGACUCAGGGACCAGGCAGGAAAAGAAUACCGAACCGGGAAAAGCUGAUCGCCGAAGAUGAUGCCCUCAACCAGGUCGCACGGGAGGCGGAGGCAAGGCUGGCAGCGAAGCGAGCCGCAAGAGCUGAGGCCCGAGAGAUCAGGAUGAAGGAGCUGGAGCGACAGCAGAAGGAGCUGUUUCAUAGCCACAAGAAGUAUUAUGGUCUGGACAAUAAGUGGGGUCACAUUGAACAGUGGAUGGAGGACAGUGAACGGUAUUCUUGCCACUCACGGAGACACGCUUCGGUCUCAGAUGAUGAGGAGAGGAUGUCUGUGGGGAGUCGAGGCAGCCUCAGGCCUUCAGACUACAGUGGGUUUCUGGGUUCCAGCUCUCGAGCCUCCUCCAGGGCCAGUUCAGCUCGUGCGAGCCCAGUGGUGGAGGAGAGACCUGACAGAGAUUUCCUGGAUAAAGGUUCCAGGACUGCAUCGACUCUGUCGGCUGCCACACUCGCUUCUCUGGGCGGCGCUUCGUCUCGCAGAGGAAGCGGCGACACUUCGUUCUCCGUGGAAACCGAGGCAUCAAUCAGAGAAAUCAAGGACUCUCUGGCGGAGGCAGAGGAGAAGUACCGUAAAGCAAUGGUUUCUAAUGCUCAGCUUCACAAUGAGAAGUUGACCCUGAUUUAUCAGUUGGAAACUCUGAGGGAGGAGCUGAGCGACAUGGAGGAGCUGCUCUGGGAGGCACGACGGCACUGUGACGACAGGACCAGGGAGUUUGAGCGUGAGUGUCAGGCUCACAGUGUCCUUCAGUUCCAGUUUAAAGAGAUGACUGAAACUCUGAGGCAGGCUGAAGAGUUGCUGACGGAGGUGUCUGACCUGCGGUUGAAGAGCAGUAGUUUCUGUCAGGAGAUUUCUGAUCUGCAGGAAACUCUGCAGUGGAAGGAGAAGAAGAUUAUGUCGUUGGAGAGGCAGAGGGAAAUCUCUGACAUUGUUCGGAUCGAACGAGACCGUCUUAGAGGCGAGGUGAUCCGACUCCAAGAUUUACUCAAGAAACACGGAGUCGUCGUCUCACCUGAAGUCAAAACCAAUGGCGACACAGGACAGGGGGAGGGCGAGGUCCAGGAUGAGGACACUGUAGACUGUGCCUCCCAUUUGUCUCAGGAGUCGUCUCAUGGCAGCAGAGAGAGCGUGCUCGUCACUUCGGCUUCGCCCUCCAAUGUUGUCUUCAUGAUCUUUCAGGGAAGGUUCAGGAGCAGCAGCCAACAGGGGGCAGCAAACUUCCACUGGACGCCCGCUGUCAGAUUUACAGCAGUUCCUGGUCUCCGACUGUCACCUCCACAAGUGAACAAAGCAAAGCUGAUGCUUUGAAACCGGUAAAGGUGGCAAAUAAACAAGCCAGUGAUGCACAAGAUGGAGCAGAAGAACAUCCAGACAGAAAUGAGGGCACAAGAACCAAGGGAAAUGAGAAAGAGCCAAUGAAGACAUUGCAAUUCACAAAUCUUCUGUUUGGAAACAAAGGAAUUAAAACACAACCAGUGCAAAAUGAGCCAGGAACUGUUGCUUGGAUACAUGACCCGAAAACAAUCAACCUAGUGACAGAAGAUAAUGACCAGGUAUUUACAGGGCAAACUAAAGACCUCAAAUUAAGAGUUUUUCCACCUCAACCCUCAAAGGACCUCGUCUUUGAUAACAAAGCAACAGUGUUGAGUAUCUGGGCUGCUGACAGUCAAACCUCUCCAUCUGAAGAGAAGCAAAAACGAGAUGUCAAAGGUGCUGUGAUAAAUGAGGCUUCAUCUUCUGGCUUGGUGUCAGCUGUAGAUCAGAGUUUCCAGAAUAAGGAGAAAGAUGGAACCAUGAACAGGGCUGGAAGAUGUUCUGAAAGUGUGUCAAACAUUUCAGCCUUGUGUGCAACAGAAAAAAUGUACAAGAUGAGUUCUUUCAGGAUACAUGAAGAGGGACCGGUUAAAGAGGCUAUUCAUCCAAAAUGUAACAAGCAGACAAAAAGGGUUUGUGCAGAAAACGCAAUACAAAGAAUGCUGAGAGGGUUUGUUGAAAAUCAGGGUUUUGUGGAUGAAAUCUGGAGAAUUAUUCUAGAAAUUGCAGGAUCUCUCAAUCGGUGGAUUCCAGAAUUACAAGGUACGCUAAGGAACAUUUGCGGAAAUAUGUCUGUUCGGGUUGGUAGAGCUGACAAAGAAUCAUCAUGUCAAAUGAAACUUCCUGCAGAACCUGAGCCGCCUUUAAAGGGGUCACCAGAAGGAGAUAAAGUGAGGACGUAAACUCAGCUGGACAUUCAGCAGCACAGGAGGACGGUUUGGUCUUGGGGCUGUUGGAAACACCAUUUCUGGUGGAACGUCCUCAGUCCUCUGUCUUCGGUGACUCCACUGAUUCAAGAAGAAAAGUCUGAAACCAUUAAGGAUUUCAGAGAAAGUGGCGAACUAGCAGCUUCAGUAAUGGCUUUGAAUUCCGUUCAGAACAAAAGUCUGGUGUAAAUUCUGCAAUAAAGUGAGGAUAAGGAUAAUCACCUUUUAUUGGCCAAGUAUGUUACACACAAGGAAUUUGUUUCCGGUACAGA